AUGGGUCUCCUGUACGCAACUUUGUUCGCUUGCAUCGCCACUACUUGUGCCUGGCAGGCACAAAUGAUCAUAAAAAACCCUGAAAACCACCCAAAACUUAACGAUCCUCAAUAUGGAGUUCUCCAAAACGCCUGGAAGGCUAUUAAUAAAUCAGAAGAUGAUCCAUUCGUCCUAAUGUUUCGUUCAAAAAAUCACGAACCAAAUACCACUUGUGUCGUAGUAACAGCAACUCUUCACAAUGAGACAUUAAAAAUUGUCAAUUUUACGAGGACAUAUUUUAACAAGACUGAUGAACAAAACCACACUUUAAGGUACCAAGUGAGAGCCUUAAGUCAAUUCAACUACAAGACAGAAAAUGUUAUACGUGCAGGCUUGGGCGGCACUCCGAGUGAUAAGCCAACCCCUCUGGGAAGCAACAUGUAUAUCGAAUAUGGUGAUUAUUCAUGCAACUCCUCAAGCAAGCCGUUGUCGGAUAGGUUGAAGGCCGUAAACGAUGCUAAAGGUGAAGCUGUAUCCGCGGAACCAGUCGAAGGAGUAAAUUACCUUGACUUCUACGUGGUGUUCAACCAGCCACAGUGCAAUAUCCUAAAAUCUCCCCUUCUGAGAGGAGGAUGCGACUUUUGGCUGAGGAAAUCAGAGUUACCAGGGGUGCUGGAACGCGCAGAACGUUUUACAAAAAGCAUUCCACCAAAAGUAGAGGACAGGCAGGCUGAGGAAAAUCCAGAAACUGCAGCAGGAAGAGAAGACAUUACGAAAGAAAAAACGCCUAAGUUUGCAGACGCCCUAUUUAGAAGCCUUCCCAUCUCUUGCCGCUAUGCCUUCAUAUCCGCCUGUGGAUAUCCAAACGAUAUGAUGUACGACAAGAACAUAUGCAAAAAUACCCAAACAGCUAAGACUUCUUCGAGUCUUUACUAG